GAUAGGUCAGCUUACAUAUUUCGAUACAUCAUUGUUAGAUAUUCUUAAACUAAAUUUAUUGAGAGUUAACACAGUAUGAAAGGAACGAAACAAUGUAAAGAACGUAUAUAAAGAAUCACGGCUACACGAAACUACGUCUGCUCCGAAACGCGCCUGAUUGGCAAGAGACCGGAGCACACGUCGCUCGGCUACAAGAACCGAAUACUUGAUCGUUUACACAUGCGCACUUUCUAUCGUAUCGAUUAUCCUAUCUAUCGAUUUAAACUUCGAUUACAUACAUCGAUUAUAUAUCCCUUAACAAUCAUAAUUAGUUAUUCAUCCUAUUAAUAAAAUAAUAACAUUUAUUAAUUAAAUAAUAUAUAUACAUUUAUAACUUAGUAAUUGUAUUGCUUAGAAUGUUUCAAUUAAACUUUGAGCGGAUACUUCAACCGUGGUUCUGGAUUGAUUGGCUCUACUAUCUGUCGAGUAAUGGAAAAGAAUUUAAAUCAGUACUUAAUAAAUUUCAAAAAUUUUCAAACGAGGUAAUACGCAAGAAAAAAUCUUUACGGCAAUCACAAAGCAACCAUGUCAGUAUAAAUAAUGAAGACGAAUUUGACAUAGGUGCACAACAGAAAACAGGCUUUUUAGAAUUGCUGUUAGACGAGAACGAAAAAACUGACAAUCCCUUAAGUGAUGAUCAAUUGCAGGCACAGGUUCAUACAUUUUUGCUUGCAGUGAGUCAAAAGUUUUAUUUUCAUGUAUUUCAAUUGCUAUUGGUUUUAUAA